AUGGCAAGCUUCACCCUAGUCACAUCCCUCUCAAAGUUUGGCCAUGCUGGAGCAACCAUUGCUAGGGCUCGUACCUGGAACCCAAGAUUCUUCGCUGCUGCUACCCCUAGAUUUAUCCACGUACCAUCUUCACCUGAAGGCUCAGCAGCCGUAGAAGGCACCAAACAAGGAGCCAGUGAAACAGUGAACAACAGUUUCAAUGAAUCAACUCAAGACAAGGCUUUCAGCACAGCAGAACAUGUGAGUCACAAGACAGACCAGAUCGCUAAUCAGAUGUCAGCAAGUGCUAAAAACAUGACUGGGAAAGCAAAGGAGACAAUACAAGGUGCAUGGGAUUCCACUAAGAACGCAGCCAAUAAGGCUGCAGACGCUGUGAAAGGAAAGGCUCACGAGUCAGCUGAAUACGUCAAAGAUAAUGCAGAGGCAGUGAAGAAGAACAUGAACUCAAAGAACUGA